AUGCCCGGUGUUCCCUCAGGCAGGAGCCGUGCCCGGCGUUCCCUCAGGCAGGAGCCCGUGCCCGGUGUUCCCUCAGGCAGGAGCCGUGCCCGGUGUUCCCUCAGCCGCAGCCCGUGCCCGGUGUUCCCUCAGGCAGGAGCCCGUGCCCGGUGUUCCCUCAGCCGCAGCCCGUGCCCGGUGUUCCCUCAGCCGCAGCCCGUGCCCGGUGUUCCCUCAGCCAGGAGCCGUGCCCGGUGUUCCCUCAGCCGCAGCCCGUGCCCGGUGUUCCCUCAGCCGCAGCCCGUGCCCGGCGUUCCCUCAGCCAGGAGCCCGUGCCCGGUGUUCCCUCAGCCGGGGCCCGUGCCCGGCGUUCCCUCAGCCAGGAGCCGUGCCCGGCGUUCCCUCAGCCAGGAGCCGUGCCCGGUGUUCCCUCAGCCGCAGCCCGUGCCCGGUGUUCCCUCAGCCGCAGCCCGUGCCCGGUGUUCCCUCAGCCAGGAGCCGUGCCCGGCGUUCCCUCAGCCAGGAGCCGUGCCCGGUGUUCCCUCAGCCGCAGCCCGUGCCCGGCGUUCCCUCAGCCGCAGCCCGUGCCCGGUGUUCCCUCAGCCGCAGCCCGUGCCCGGCGUUCCCUCAGCCAGGAGCCGUGCCCGGUGUUCCCUCAGCCGCAGCCCGUGCCCGGUGUUCCCUCAGCCGCAGCCCGUGCCCGGCGUUCCCUCAGCCAGGAGCCGUGCCCGGUGUUCCCUCAGCCGCAGCCCGUGCCCGGCGUUCCCUCAGCCAGGAGCCGUGCCCGGUGUUCCCUCAGCCGCAGCCCGUGCCCGGUGUUCCCUCAGCCAGGAGCCGUGCCCGCUCAGGACCGCGAUUCCUGCCGGGGUCCCGCACAGCCCCGCCGGGCAGCCGCUCCGACUGCCGCAGCAGAAAGCUCCGGCCGGUGGGCCCGGGGGUUCCGCGGUGCCCCGACCAUCGCACCCCUGCUCGAAGCGCAAAACUACGAGCGGUUCAUUCCCCCCAGGCUCGUUCGGAGCCGCCCAGCAGCUGCAAAAAGUAGAAGCGCUUUAUUUUUAG